AUUUUAUUCUUGCUCCCUCCUUUUGGUUGGUGAUUUCUUCCAGACCUUCCAAAAAAUCAAGACUCCAAUUCCUUUCUCCUUCUCCCUCUUUCUCUCUAUCUCCCUCUACAUACAUCUUCCUCUAGUAUAAUUAUACCUCUCCUCUUUCAACUAUACAAUCAUCAUGUCCGCCAAGUCGAUCCUCGAAGCUGAUGGCAAGGCCAUCCUCAACUACCACCUCACUCGUGCUCCCGUUAUCAAGCCUACUCCCCUCCCUCCGUCCUCCACGCACAACCCUCCUCCUAAGCUCGCCUCCCUUUACUUCCCCGAAGAUAUUGCCGUCAAGGAUGUCCUCGACCAGGCUGAGGUCCGCUACCCCUGGCUGUUGACUCCCGGUUCCAAGUUCGUGGCCAAGCCCGACCAAUUGAUCAAGAGACGUGGAAAGAGUGGCCUUCUGGCCCUGAACAAGACCUGGGCCGAGGCCAGGGAAUGGAUUGAGGCCCGUGCUGCCAAGGACGUUCAGGUUGAGACAGUCACCGGUGUUCUCCGUCAGUUCCUCGUUGAGCCUUUCGUUCCUCACCCCCAGGAGACUGAGUACUACAUCAACAUCCACUCCGUGCGUGAGGGUGACUGGAUCCUUUUCACCCACGAGGGUGGUGUCGACGUUGGUGAUGUCGACGCCAAGGCUGAGAAGCUUCUCAUCCCCGUCAACCUGGAGAAGUACCCCUCCAACGAGGAGAUCGCUGCUGCUCUCCUGAGCAAGGUGCCCAAGGGUGUCCACAACGUCCUCGUUGACUUCAUCUCCCGCCUCUACGCCGUCUACGUUGACUGCCAGUUCACCUACCUCGAGAUCAACCCUCUGGUUGUCAUCCCCAACGCUGAUGCCACCUCGGCUGAUGUUCACUUCCUCGAUCUGGCUGCCAAGCUCGACCAGACUGCUGAGUUCGAGUGCGGUACCAAGUGGGCCAUUGCUCGUAGCCCCGCCAACCUGGGUCUGCCCACCCUUCCCUCCAGCGACAAGGUCAACAUUGACGCUGGUCCCCCGAUGGAGUUCCCCGCUCCUUUCGGUCGUGAGCUGAGCAAGGAGGAGAAGUUUAUCUCCGAGAUGGAUGCUAAGACCGGUGCUUCCCUCAAGCUUACCGUCCUCAACGCCAACGGCCGUGUCUGGACCCUGGUUGCUGGUGGUGGUGCCUCCGUCGUGUACGCUGAUGCCAUUGCCUCUGCUGGCUUCGUCAGCGAGCUCGCCAACUACGGUGAGUACUCCGGUGCUCCCACCGAGACCCAGACCUUCAACUACGCCCGUACCAUCCUCGACCUGAUGCUGCGCUCUCCUAUCCACCCCGACGGCAAGGUCCUCUUCAUCGGUGGUGGUAUUGCCAACUUCACCAACGUUGCCUCCACCUUCAAGGGUGUCAUCCGCGCUCUGCGUGAGGUUGCCCCCGUCCUGAACGAGCACAAGGUCCAGAUCUGGGUUCGUCGUGCUGGUCCCAACUACCAGGAGGGUCUUAAGAACAUCAAGGCUGUUGGUGAGGAGCUUGGCCUCAACAUGCACGUCUACGGCCCUGAGAUGCACGUCAGUGGUAUUGUGCCCCUUGCCCUCCUCGGCAAGAAGACCGACAUCAAGGAGUUCGGUUCCGCGUAAAAAAAAGAAGAUACAGGGCACGUUUCACUGAAUUCUAAUUAAUUUAAUUUC